GACUAUUCACAUAAGUAUUUCCUUUGAUUUAUUUGUGGUUAGACAUGAAAUCAAGGUUGAGAGAUCGGCGUAUAACUAUUUACAUUAAUUUUGCAAAUAAUUGAAAGAAAAAAAAAACUAUCAUAGAUUCAUAGCACAUGGAAGAAAUAAAUGCAUUAGCAAAGGGUACAAUAUAUAGUGUUGUCUCCCUCAAUUUAAUGUGGUUAACUAGAGAGUAGAGAGCCCUGCUACAUCCAUGUGCCUGUCCAUCUCCAUGGCCAAGAUCUUUACUAGUACUAGUAUAUUUCAUCCAUCUUCAUCAAUAUACAUUUAAUAGAUACUGUAAUUAAGCCUAUAGUUGGAAGCUGAAGAAAUCAGCUUUUCUCUUUACCUCAGAACUAUUGUCUUUGGUUUGAGAUUAUUACAUAAACAAGUAAAAUCUGUUAACAUUUUGUUUACAUACUUAGCUCCAGCCAUGGAUGUGGCUUUCUUUACAAAGGAUUUACAUAGUUUAAGCGACCAUUUACUUAAAGGAUUCACUAAUUAUAAGCUUGUUUGAUCAUUUCUUGAUUUUAUGUAUAGUCAAUCUAAUCUACCCUUCAAGUAAAUGGCUAUCAUAUUAAGUUGUCAAAUACAGAGGAUAAUGGUUCUUGGCAUGACUCGUCAUUUGGAUCAAAACAAAAUAAGGAUGACUUUGAUGAGUCGGGAGUAUAUGAGAACCUCGUGUGGGAGAUUGCACAGAGAGUGGGGUCUCCAUUGCCACAGUACACAACUUUCAGGUCCGGGUCAGGGCACCGGGACUGUGGAGCUGGCUGGAAUCAUAUUCACCGGAGAGCCUGCAAAGAACAAGAAGCAAGCUGAGAAGUAUGCUGCUUUGGCAGCUUGGCUGUAUUAGCACAGCAAGAAGUGAUCUCUCCGUCUGAGAGCGAAUGCAACGAUGAGCAGGAACAGGUACGGAUUGCAAGGGCGUUGCAGAAGUAUCGUUCGAAAGAGAAGUUAUUGAUGCCAAACCUACACAAUGCCUCCAUACCAUUCCAAAGGGAGUUCAUGGCUCCAACCCCGCGGCCCUCAAGCCCACAACGCUGCCAGAAAGCCGAUUCACGUGCUAGACCACCGUUACCACAACUUGAGCCAUCACCUGGGAUUAGGACAACGCCACGCGUCUUUCAGAGGUUUCAUGCAGCUUCUUACAAACAGUGUAGGUCGCCCUGCCAAGGCAUUGCUCCACCUGUAACGAUACGAACUGCAGUGCCAGUAUUCUCAUCACCAGCCUCCGCCUGUAUGCAAAGAAGGUCGAGGUAAUUGGAGCAUGCGAAGUAGAUGAGUCCACAGCCGUCCGGUGUCUGAAGGAGCUCGAGAUAUCCGAUUCCUCUUCUGAUCAAGGUGUAAGACUGUAAGUGGUAAUUUUCUUAGCUAAUCUGUAUUCAAGAUAUUACUAUAUACUGUUGUUGUUGAUUGCUUUAAUGGUGGGCAUUUUAGCU